AUGUCGGACGUGCCAAAGUCUGCAACGGUGCCGUGCUUGAGCUCACUGCGACGCGAGAGAGACGAUGCUAUCAGGCGCUGGUCUGCAACAAGCGCAGCGACAGUAGCUACUUACUACUACGGCGCGGACUCAAGCAUCGCAAGCCAUCGAUCGCGAAGCGCAGUUCAUACGCUACCUCGUCUCGACACGCAAGCGGGAGCGUCUGCUACCGUUCACGCUGGGAGUGACGAACAGCGCGACAGCUCCGACUCUGCCAUCAGCUUGCCCAUCUUCUACACGCCCUCGUUGAUCUCGCCCAACGCAAUACAGUCUGUUCAAGUGCCUUCUGAUGGCAGCUCCGAAGCGCGCUGCUUUGUCUAUGGCCAUCUGCCAGACUUCCCGCAGACCGUGGCGGGAUCCUCGACCGGCUCGUACUCGCCGAGCUGCCAAAGCGACCCUUUGGAGGCUCUUCGUGGCGCGGCCUCGUUCGACACAAACCGGUCUGAUCCUUCUGAUCAGCCGCAGAGAUAUUCAGGCUACUCAUCCUGCUCCUCGCUUGCGCCGUCACCCGCCGAAUCAGCGCAAUCGCUCCUCGAUGCGCUCGCCGAGACUCCUCGUCGCACAGCAAGGCAUCCGUUGACGCCUCGACGGCCGGCCAGGAACGAAAGAGAUGAGACUCCAAGACGGGUGCCAGCAUUGAUAGUGUCUUCUGCUUCUCCUGCGCAGACCAUCAUCUCAUCGCAUGAAUUGCAAGACGUCAUCGACCGUACAGUCCACGCGACGAAUGAAUAUGUUGCGGACGCCCGCUUCGCCCAUGGAAUUUCCACUGACACAUGCUCCACUUCGACAUUCACCGACAGCUCGUCAGCACGCUUGCUGAUCCAAAGUCCUCCAACUAAGCCAAGACCGGCAACAUCGCCUGCAAGCGAGCCAAAGACCAGUCCUUUCGAACACAGGCCUCGUCGACACAGCAGCGCACAAGAGCCAUCUUCGCCGACUUGCGAUAGACAAAGCAAGCACUACGAUAAAUCCGUCUACUCUGGCCCUAGCUUUCUCGACCUGCCAGCCGACGCGCCAGAAUUCAUCACGCUGCUCAUAGACCAGGAGGGCUUCCGGGAAGUGUCCAUCAGGCUUCGCGUGUCGGCUAUCGACCCGGUCUCGGAGCUCAUCGCCUAUGCCGCUUCAACCGAGGCUGGCUAUCCUUAUCAUCACGGAGCUUUCCAGAACCCGCCGGCUUUGCGUCGAGUCUGCAGAGACAGUGAUCUCGCGCGAGACUUUCUCGGUCGUAAUGCCUCGCUGGCCAUUCGCACAGCAGGCACAUUUGCAGUCGAAGGAGUGGAGAAGAAGCUGCCUUGGCGUUUUGUCUAUUGCGUUCGAGACAGGCUCAGUCUGCUUGGACAGCCCGUCCGGCGUGAAAAGGCAAGCUGGGUCACCAACUGA